AUGGCUGAGACCACAAAAUGCAAACUCCGAGCCAUGAGGAGCAAACCCGCAAACCACAGGAUCACGAAAUAUAAAACAGCAAAGUCCAAACUCGCUAGGCUCAGAGAAGUCCAAGCGAGACAACUUAGAUUAAAGGCGACUGAGCGUGAAGAUGGGCCUGGGGAUCGAGAAACAGCAGCACAAGAUACGGAACCUGCUAAAACAUUGGAAGGGAUUAGCCCGGCCCCUCUUGGAGAUGUGCAUGUCGAGUCUCCAGAACCUCUACCACCUCUAGUCCUCGAAGAUAUAGAAUCAGUAGAAGAAAGUUUCGAACCGGCCGUACGACAUAUCCAGCCGAAAGAUAUGAAACCCUACCUUCGCGACAACAAAAAGUACGAGGUAGACACGAGGACAGGGUGCAGAUGUGGAUGGUACAUCUUCUAUUCCGCAAUAUGCAACCAUAUAUAUUGGAAACACCGGGGUACGUGUGGACAGACGUUAACUCGCUCUGGAGUGAACGGCUUCUGUAAAUCACCAGCGAAAAUGAAUCAUAUCGACGAGGUUAAAGUCACAAAGAUGUGUAUUGCAUGUACAGAGAAGAUGUCAAAGCCUAUUCGUUAG